UUAAGCUUCAGCACCAAUUUUGUCUUUUCAAUUGUUCCCAAGUAUCCUGGUUUCGGAGGCCACGGUCUCACUUUUGUUCUCUCAUCUAAAUACCCCAUGGAAGGUUGCCUUGCAAACCAGUAUCUUGGCCUCCCUAACGUCACUAGCAAUUCUCAAUCUUCCACUCGUAUGAUCGCCAUAGAAUUUGAUGCCAUUCAGAAUCAAGAUUUACAGGACAUCAACGAUAAUCAUGUGGGGAUAGACAUAUCCAGCUUGGUGUCCAACAUAUCUGUGCCUGCAGCAUACUACAAUACAAAUGAUGGUAAUGACAGCAAAUAUACCACAAUAAUUCUCAAGAGUGGUGACUCUCUUCAGGCCUGGAUUGACUAUGACAGCCUGCAGGAGUUGCUAAAUGUUUCAAUAUCUCCUCUUGGUAUGGGGAGGCCACCACGGCCUCUUAUAUCAUUUCCCAUUGAUCUUUCACAGGUGUUGGAGGAAUACAUGUACAUUGGCUUCUCUGCUUCGACUGGUUUACUCUCUGCUGCUCACAAUGUCCAUGGCUGGAGCUUUAAGAUCGGCGAAAGAGCACAGGAUUUGGACCCGACAGAGCUGCCAACUUUGUCAUCAAGUUCUAACGAGGUAGUCCAACAGAAAGGAUUUAAAGUAGGCAUAACUUUUGCUAGCAUUACAAUUUUUAUUUUGGUCAUCUUUGCUGGUGCCUAUAUUAUACGCAGAAUAAAAAGCAAAGAUGAGAUUCUAGAAGAUUGGGAAAUUGAAUAUGGAGCUCAGAGAUUUAAGUACUCUGAGCUUCACUUUGCUACUAGGGGUUUUAGAGAGAAGAACUUUAUAGGAUCUGGAGGAUUUGGGAGUGUCUAUAAGGGGGUGGUUCCCAGUACAGGAAGAGAAGUAGCUGUAAAGCGAAUUUCUAACAAUUCCCGUCAAGGAAUUAGAGAAUUUGUAGCAGAAAUAACAAGCAUGGGAAAGCUGAGACAUCGAAAUCUUGUGCAGUUACAUGGGUGGUGUCGAAGACAAGAUGAUCUCCUCCUUGUAUAUGACUAUGUACCAAAUGGAAGCCUUGACAAGCUUCUGUUCGACAAUGAAAACCAGAAGAAAAAGCUAUCCUGGGAGGAAAGAUACAAAAUCCUCAAUGAUGUAGCUCAAGCAUUGUUAUAUCUGCAUGAAGAGUGCCAAGAGAUGGUGGUUCACAGAGAUCUGAAACCCAGCAACAUUCUGAUCGAUGAAGGCCUCAAUGCAAAGCUAGGAGAUUUUGGUUUGGCAAGAACAUAUGAGCAUGGACACAAUCCAGAUACAACCAACAUUGUGGGCACACUAGGGUACAUGGCUCCUGAACUAACAAGAACUGGGAGAGCCACCCCAAGUACAGAUGUGUACAGUUACGGUACAUUGCUGCUGGAAGUAGCUUGCGGAAGGAGGCCAAUCGAGCCUUAUAAGAAUGCAGGAGAGAUAGUAUUGGUGGAUUGGGUAAGGGAACAACAUUGUGGAGGAGACAUUACCAGAGCUGUUGAUCAGACAUUGGAUAACUACAACUCGGAAGAAGUUAGCCUUGUGCUCAAUCUUGGCCUACUCUGCUCUCAUCCCCAUCCUGCCUGCAGGCCAAGUAUGAGAAGGAUUGUUCAGUAUCUAUUGCGACAUGCCAAUCUUCCAGCACUAGCAACUGACAUUCACAUCGAUCAUCCUAGAGUCAUGAUAGAACACUCAGAUAGUAGCUCAGAUGAUUCUCAUCAGUCCUGUAGUAGGAUGACUUGACUUCGUCUAAGAAUAAUAGCUUCAAAAGCUUUGAUAGAAGGGUUUCUGUGGAUAAGAGCACAAGCAUUACUAUAUAGAUUUCACUCAUGUCAUGUACAUAAAAAAUAAGUAUUAAACUACUAUUUGUAUCUGUAAAAUUGUAGACAUUGUACUUGAAAGUGGAGAUUAAAACUGUGAAAAAAUAAAUGUUUAUAUAAAAAAUAAAACAUAAAUUCAUCUAA